AUGAACGGUUUAGCACCGACCUUUGGUGCUGUACUCCUGAUAGUGAUGAUGAUAAGCAGCUUGGGCCGAGCCGCGGGGGUGGAAUCCAGACAUCGGGCGGGGGAGGGGGCGGCGGGACGAUGGGUGGGGGCCACCAGGCGGCGCCGGAGACCACCAAACUUUACAACGAGCAAGCCUGCUUCCUGGAGGGAGUGCAGACAAGGAGCAAGAGCCAGAGCCGAGCCUCGCGGCCCGGGGUACGGCGCCGCCCGCCCCUCCCCGGCAGUGCCUCCCGACCCCCUGCCCUCCGCCGGGACACGACCCGAAGCCCUGCCCGCCACCCAGGACCCCUCCCCCACGCUGCCCCGGGACCCUCGCCCCAGGACCGCGGGGUUCCCUGCCGGCCCUGCCGCCCGCCCCAGCGAGAACAGGCCAGGCGGGCCCGGCGGUGGCGGCCCCAGGGAGGCCCGGCCCGGCAGCAAGGAGGCGGAGGGCGCGGCGCAGCCUGAGUUUCCCACCUUUUCUCCUGGCCCAGACGCGGCUGGGGCGGACGGGACCUCUCGCGCUCUGCCUCCUCCUCCUGCUUCAUGGAGCCAUGCGCCUGGGUGGGGGCUCCGGAGAGAAGCGGGCCCGCAGGCUGGCCGGACGCGCGGCGCGGACGGGGCGGGGCGAAGGAGGCCGGCGGGCGGAGGAGGAAGCGGCGGGGCGGCGGCGGCCGGGAAGAACUAAAGGUAUUCCCCGGGCGGCUGGAGGACUGAGUCGAGCCGGGAUCCGAGUCCUCCGGUAUCCCAGCAGCCACCGGAGGCAGUGAGGUAAUGGAGGAAGAAUGUAGGGAGUCCUCCAGUGGACCACACUCCUAGCGAGCCGCGGAAACCAUAGAGAUCAGGGCUCAACUGGAGCGCCGGCCCACUGCUGUCACGUGGCCUCCAUCCGUGCGCUUUAUUGGCUGGCGCUAGCUCUACGGGGUUGAAUUUCGGACGCUUCCUGCCAUUCGUGGGGCCGAGUUUCAGGUAGUUGGAGUAAAGAGACACGGGGAAGACCGCGAGAAGGCCAGCGUCCCUGGCGGGGCGCAGAGUUGGCCGAGCAGGGCACCUGGCUGUCAAGCUGGCCAGUGCAGUACGCUCUGGGCCGCUCCGGAGCGGUCGCAGAGCCCGCCGGGAGUCGUAGUCCGGGCCGGGCGCGCGGCUUUGUCCGCGAAGCAGCUCGGCAUACGGGUUAAGUUGUCCGCCGGGCUGUUGCUCGGCCCAGUCGCGCGUUAGCCACCCAGCAUUGAGCUGCCAACGGCUGUUCUCCCCAAGCACCCUCGCUUACGCCGCUUCGCCUCGCCUCGCCUGACCUGCUAAAGCCUUCGAGAGCAGCCUGGAAGGGGCAGCUCAGACCAUCCUUAAAUCGAGCCGAUGACAGCCAGGCCCGGCCCCGCCCGCGGGGAGAUGCGCGGGGCUGGGUGCUGGCCACUCACCCCUGGCCGGGCCUGCCUCCUAAUGCACCGGGAACGGGCUCGCCCACCCGGCUCGAGGGGCGGCAGGGGCCCAGCUGUGUCUUUCGCUCCCGAGCCCCCAGCUAUAGGUGGCUUCGGCGGAAUACCCACUUUGCAGGAUUACUCAACAGGCCGAUUAAGCACAUUCUUCACCUCUAGCAGGGCAAAGGCUUCUCUCAAAAAGAACAUUACAAAAUGUUUUUGAAAGAAAUUUGGGGGUAAAUUUACAAAAUGUUUUUGAAAGAAAUUUGGGGGUAAAUUUAAAUACUGACUUUUGAUAAGACUUGGUCUUAUGAGAGCAUUUUAAAUUACAGAUGGGGUUACACUAAAAGUUGUUUCUGACCUACUCCCUUACUCUUAAACGGCUCCAAAAUAAACUUAGUCCCUGAAGCAAGGUGAGCCCUGUUCUAGAGCAAUGCCUUUCUUGUGUAAAAAGAUGGCCUAAAGCCCACACACAGGCUGUUUUGUGUUUUGCUUUUCUGUUGAUGCACAAAGGAAUACUUAAUAUGUUUGUCCUCAAGGACCAAAGACAAGUAUCUAGUAAAAAAUGCAAAUCAUAUCUAACAGUGAAGCUUUCCAGCAAAAACCUUCUGCUCUAGAAUGCAUAAUUAUGCGAGCAUAAUAAGAUCUUCUGCAGACUUUUAGCAUAAUUACCUAUAGGAAGCAAAACCCAAGUCAAUUGAGUGUCUGGUGCUUCUGGGACCUGGACUUCUCAAAGAGAACGGGCAAGGAGGACAGGAAGGAAGAGACAGCUAUGCUUCGUGGAACAGGAGGUGACUUUUUAAAAAAUUUUCUAUGGCAGUCUUCUUAAUUCCUGUCACAGACUUGAACUGCUUAUCUGCUGUUGAGGCCACGGUUGCCAGUUUCUAACCUUCUCUGUCCGCCUGAAAAACUAGAAAUUAGAUGAUCAUGUGGCCUAGAGCCAGAAGUGCAGGAGGCAGAAAGCCAGAGGCCGAUUUUUUUUUUUUUUCCGAAUAAGAAGGCCAAAUCCUGACUUAAAAUAAUCAAAAUAAAUUUUACAGAGUGAAAGUCUUUCCAGCUGAAAGCCUUAAAACAUGGCAUCUGGGUUGCUUGUGGCUCCAGUAACUUAGCGCCGGGGGAAAUGGCCACAGGGACAGACCAGGUGGUGGGACUCGGCCUCGUCGCUGUUAGCCAGAUCAUCUUCACCUACUACACCGCCUGGGUGAUCUCUUGCCAUUCAUCGACAGCCAGCAUGUCAUCCACAAGUAUUUCCUGCCCCGUGCCUAUGCUGUUGCCAUCCCGCUGGCCGCAGGCCUCCUGCUACUCCUGUUUGUGGGACUGUUCAUCACCUACAUGAUGCUGAAGAGUGAGAGGGUGACCAAGAAGACUCAGUGAAGGUCCUGCGGGGAUGAGGCUGCCAGCCCCUUCUCUGCCUCCCCUCCAGGGCAGGGACCAAGCCCGGGAGCCUGCAGAACCUUCCCAGGCACAGUGGCGCCCCAAGCCUGGCUGUCCUGCAGAGUCCCCAUAGCAUGGAACUUAGCCCUGACUGACUGGAGCCCCCUCCCCUGCUCUCCUUUCCAGAAGCUAGGAGGGAGGGACACCUGGAAGACUGAUCACCCCUUUCUUGCCCAGGGCCUGAAAGAUGCUGGUCCUCCCAAUCUCACUCUCAGACCCCCUGCCACCUUUUCCCCUGGGUUCUGCCAUCAUGCCUCAUUUCCCCUCCUGUCACAUGCUGACAUUGGACUUAGCAGGUUCUAAGGCUGCAUGUGUGACGUCUGACCUCUCUCCACAAGCCCUCUCCUCCACCAAGGCAACUUUCCUUAGCCUGACACAGCGCCACACCCCAAAAGCCCUUCUGGACCUGGAAAGCCUGGGGAAGGACUGACAGACCCCAGGACCACCCGUAGGGCUCAGGGCACAUUAUGAGCCACCCCGGGCCCACUGACUGACCACUCCUCAUGGAGGCCCAGACCCCCAACCCCAGGGCUGGCUUAUUUGGGAGAGCUGACCAAUAAAUGCUGACUGAUUGAAAAAAAAAAAAAAAAAAAAAAAAACAUGGCAUCUGGAAGAAGGCCCUAGUCUAUUGCUCCCAGGGUGGUACUAUGUAGUCAUUAAACAGCCCACAGAUAAGGGAGUUAUUGCUCCCUGGUUAUUGGGCUGCCAGGAACUAAAUGAUGGAACUAAGUUUCACUUGAAACAUUCUCAAAUUAAAGCAAAAACAAGCCUUGCUUUGAGCUGUUGAAAAGGCAUUUUACUGAAAAUACCCAGAUGCUGUUGCUGUUCUUAAAUGUUUUUGAAAGGCAGAGGGUCAGGACUUUUCAGAAAGUCACUUAGAGGUCACCUCGCAUCAGCAAGCAACAGUCUGAACAGAUGCAAAAAUAAACAAUGAAAUUACGAACAGGAGGAAGAAACUAAAAUGAGGGUAGUUUUUACCAUAAAUAGGAAAGAGGCUGUGUCUUGUUUAUCUUCUCAUUUCCUGUGCAUAAUACAGAAACCUGGUAUGUAAUAGGCAUGCAUAUUAUUUGUAGCCUGACUGAAUACAUGAAGAAGGAAACCAAGAAGCAGCGGGCAGAUAAUAUACUUGGGAAAGGAGAACUGCAAAGGAGCUGGGUGGCUCAAGACCUCUGCAUGAUCCUCACAUGUCACACCAAUCUGCUGUGACAUAGCUGUACUACUCAUCAGAAUACCCCAAAAUGAAUUGUCUGCCUCCCUUAUAUACAGCUUUUAUUAUUUCCUAUCUUGAAUGGUUAAGAAUAUGUAGUAAUGGUUAAGAGACUCCACUGUGGAAUCAACCUGCGUGGCUUCAAAUUCCAGCCCUAAUAGUGAAUACCUGUGAACUAACUUGUUCAGUUGAUGUAACUUCAUCAGUGACUCGGGCUUAUCAUCUGUAAAAUGGGGAUUAUAGCAUUCCUGCCUCAUAGGGAGGUUAAGAGAUUUAAAUAUCAAUAAGUCUGUACAUUAUAAACCUUAUCAGAUUGGCAUGGCAGAAAUGCUCAGUAACUGAGCUUUGUGAGCUCAGUUGAGAUCCGCAUGAGGUAGCCUGCAUACUGGGCAUAUACAUUCUUCUGGAUUUGCUCCAUGAUAAGCUAAAGGCAUUUGGUAACCAAUAGGAAUGAAAUAAGGUUUCACACAGGAUUUUGGUGGGUGUUGUAGAUUUUAUCUGUCCCAUUUGUCCCAUUUCUCAACUUGAAGUAAGCCUGGCCUUGGUCUGCAUCUGUGCUCUCCCUUCCACAAAAGGCAGGCCCCGAGAGACUCCAGAAAUGGCACCUGUCUCCUGUGUGUACUCCACCACUUCGUCCACUUGGGCACUUCAAAGGUAUGAUCAGUACUUAUCUGAUUAAAAGAAAUCUUUGUAUAUACAGAUGUCUACAAAGGUUGAAUCUUUCAGAGGUAUAAAGUAGUUUAAAUAAACAAAUAAGCCCUCCAGUG